AUGUCUCGAUACCUCAUGCUCAGCGCCGCCCUUCUGGCCUCUAAUGUUGCUGCUCACGGCUACCUCAACACCUUCACUCUCGACGGCACUGACUACCAGGGUUUCAGCCGCUGGAACCCCUCUCCCGACCCCAACGCUAUCGGAUGGAGCUUCUCCACUGAAGAUGAAGGGCCAGAGAUGGACAUCUCUAGCCCUGACUUUGUUUGUCGUCGUGAUGCUGAGGCUUCCAAGAACUAUGGUAAAAUCGCAGCUGGUUCCAAAGCCUCCUUCUUCUGGACCUCCGACGAUAAGGAUAUCAACCCCAACGGCUGGGCCGAGUCUCACCGUGGUCCUGUCAUCACCUACAUCGCCCCUUGCAACGGCGACUGUACUUCCGUAGACAAGACACAGCUCAAGUGGACCAAGAUCGCUGAAGAAGGUCUUGUCUCUGGUCCUGCCAACACUGAAGGUGUCUGGGCUACCGACAAGCUCCGUGAGAAUGGCGGUGUCAACUCUGCUACAAUUCCCUCUUCCAUCGCACCUGGAAAGUACGUUAUCCGCAACGAGCUCAUUGCUCUUCACCGUGCUCAUCUCUCUGAGCCUGAGUUCUACAUGCAGUGUGGUAACAUCGAGGUUACUGGCUCUGGUAACGAUGAUCUAUCAGGCUCUGGUGUUGUCGCUUCUCAGAUCUACAGCACGUCUGAUUCUCAACUCUUUGGCUUCUCUGUUUACGACAACCAGGGCGAUAACUGGCAGAUUCCUGGCCCUGCUUUGUACGGUAGUGGUCAAGGUAAGCGAUCAAAGGUCGCUAUGAAGUUCCGUGGUUAG